CAGUAGCGUAGUGAGGGCAAAACCGUUGCGGUCGGCGGAAGGACCAGAGGACUCAACUGGGCAGUUUUUUUUAUUGUAUUUUGGUGGCUAUCUCCUGUAAUACGUGUGUGUUCACUGGUGUAACAUCAGAUAUGGCCCGUGGGCACCAGAAGUUCCAGUCCCAGCAGAAAAAUGCCAAAAAACAGGCGGAGAUCAAGAAGAGCAAAGGCCAUGACCAGAAGGCAGCCGCUAAGGCUGCCUUAGUAUACACAUGCACAGUGUGUCGGACACAAAUGCCCGACCCCAAGACCUUUAAGCAGCACUUUGAAAGCAAACAUCCAAAGUCUCCGAUGCCCCCAGAGUUGGUUGGUGUGGAGGCGUAACCGAUUCACCGCUCUUUCAGUAAGCCCGUCGCAGCUGAUUCAGGACAGGCUUCUACAUUUUGCAGUGUUUUCAGAUAAAAUAUCUUCAGUACAACGUCAAUGAUUCCUCGUACUGAAUAAUUGAUGUGUGGGUAUUUUUAUGCAGGGAUGGUUGUUGCCUGCCUGCCAGUGGAAAUCUUUCCUGAAUAGAUUAUUUUGUAAAACUGCCUUCUAGCCUACUCGAAUUCAAUUAAGAGCCAGUUCUGGAGGUAGACACGCAACACACAACGACCCUCUCUUGGCCUGUGCCAAAAAUUGUGUAUGUUCCAUUUUCAGUUGUAUGCAAUAUUUGCAAUAUCUGAUCAUUUUAAAAAAAUGUACGACCAGCUUGUUCACGGGCUCCACCACCACCACAGCAUCUCAGGUCUCCCGCAGUUUCACAUCAGUCUUUGAAGAUAACAUGCACUGGUUCUGGCUCAGCUCAACGAGGUCGAUAAUGAUAAUUGGAAGUCGUCUCCAGACAAAUCCACUGUGCUGUGAAAUGAUGGAUUGUUAUGGAUUUCUAACUGAGACCAAUUUGUGACGCACCAGGGUCGGGGUAAAAAAUUAUAGUUUAUCCAGAAUGACUUUUGGGUUCAUUAUGUGCUUGAUAAGACACAUUCAGUACCACUAAUUGUGUGUUCUUUUGACUAAGAGUUUCUUCCAAACUGCACUGAUUUUUAUUUUUAUUUCCAGAAAACUCUAUCUUAAGUCGGGGGGGAAUGAAGAAUACGUUAAGCACAGUGUGCUACACGGGUACUGGAACUGCACAUUGUGUUUACCCCAGAGAAUUUCCUGAAGUUUAUUUAGUUUAUGUCCGAUGCAGAACUUUCUCAUGUGCAACAGAGUUGUAAAAGUUGACCAAGUGUUGCAAACCCUUCCAUUACUUAUUUUAACUCUGCUGCUGCAUACAACAAAUUUUAUUUUUUCCCAAUCUCACGUUCUGUUAACUGUAAAAGUUUGCACUGGGGCUUGUAAAUGAUAACACUAACUCCUGUACCUCCCGGUUUUCCAUUCUAAUAUGCAUGUGGCAUAAUUGUGGCCACUACAGUAUUUGAUAACGAUUUAGUUCAUCUCUGUUGUAUUAUGUCUGUCUCUCACCCUCAUCUCUGUGGCAUAUGUGAAAACCCUGAACCUGCAUUAAAAGACUGAAGUAUAUUACACUGUAAGUUAGCUUUAACUCUUUUUUUUUAAUGUUUGUUUCUUAUCAUAGCACGCUAACGGGCAGAUUUAAUUUAUAGAUGAGAACUAUUUUCAAUAUAUUUGAACCCACUGGUCAUUAACCACUGGCAUUUUAUCACUGUGCUAAUGUCUGGACUGACAACCAGCCAUGUUUUUACUUUUGUAAUAAUCAUAUCUUUGUCCACACGAUGUAAUGUAUAGCGUUUUAAUAAAGAUCCUACUUUUAUAUUAACCAUUA